AUGGUUAGCUUACUUCAUCGUGGGUCCAUAGUGGCUCUGUUAAUUGUCUUAUUUUCUGGCGAGUUGACAUGUAUUUCAAUACUACGGGGUCCCAUUGACCGUAUUGUCAUCGAGGGUGAAACUGUUGUCUUUACAUGUCAGAUUAGGAACAAGGGGAACUUCAGGGUGUUCUGGUACUUCGACCGAGAUGCACGCUACCUUUCGGCUGACACGGUGUUUUUCGAGGACGCCCGGAGUCCAAGGUUGAGCAUCGUGGGUAAUCAGCGAAACGGCUUCUUCAACCUGAGGAUCUCCCCGGUGAGACGCACCGAUGCCGGCAUCUACCGUUGCGGGUUUGUUCCGGUGGGAUCAACCCAGCUGAUGGACGUGAGGGCCCGGCUGACUGUCCACGUCCCACCGCUGGACGGCUUCCCACGGUGUGAGAUCGACCCGCCUGUUGGUCUCGCUCUCAGGCAGAGAGCUACACUGACUUGCACGUCGGAAGGAGGCAUACCACCAGCCUCGCUCACCUGGCUUCAAAAUGGCACUCCAAUCACCCCUGCCGUACUGCACCGUAACGUCAUCGAGAGACUCUUCGACGAGGCCUUAAACGGAGUUGAAUUCACCUGCCAGGCAAAAAGCCCAGCUUUCAUGGGGGUACGUACUUGCUCUUUUGUCCCCCUUCGUAUCGACCCGACAGCCCGUAUAGAACCUCCACAACUUAUAGCCACGCCCGGUCAAGAUGUCACGUUCACGUGCAUAGCUGGUGGCGUGUCUCCUAUCGUUGAAUACAUGUGGGUCUUUGGCAACAUUAUUGUCCCGUCGUUGGAGGACGGUGACCGGUUUGUACUCACCAUGGACCAUGUAAGUUUAACAAUCCGUAAUGUUCAGUUAGUGGACGACAUGACCUCAGUGAGAUGUACUGUAGUCACGCCGAACGGACUCACAGCGACUGCGGGAGCCUUGCUAAGGGUUCUCCUUGCCGAGGACAUACCCACCACCAUCUUGGCUGCGACCACCACUUUGGCUGAGGUCACCACAGUAAUCCCAACAACUCUCACUGCAAAUCCCAAUCAGACUUUCCCCCUUCCGACUCCAGAAUAUGGAGGAGGGCUCGGAGGUGGAACAAUCAUCGGCAUAAUUAUCGGUGCCAUUGUUGCAGCCCAAAUCGUCAUCGCCUGUUUUGUGUUUACAGCUCACAAAAUUAUAUCAAAGUAUGAACGUCAUCGUGAUAUGGCUAUGGUGCCUUCUCUAGCCAGUUGGACCGGCCAACAGACGCACGUUCAACCCUACCAAGGACUUGACCAGACAGGCCGUUCCGCUUCAACCCUUCGUUACCUCAGCCUCCACCCACUCCGUGCACCCCCUUCCCGGUACUCAUGCGUCGACGUCGGGGUCUACGAGGCUGCAGUCGACUCCAACACGAACACCAUAGUAUACGACUCGGGAUACAUUCCAAACAACAACACCACCCAGCAGGCGAAUCAAGACUCGAUGGAUGACAUGAAUAACGAGUAUCAGCCUGUACCUACGGCACCACAAAUGGAAACAGCAUUCUACGAACAACCGAAUGAAUCGGCAGCCAUAGACCGGUCAUCAUCAAGGGAAGAGCCGUAUUAUGAACCAGCUGCAGAGGAGACUUCUACCGGCACCAAACAAGGGACGGCAGCAAGCCAGAAAGACUUAUACUACGAACCACCAGUAGAAGAGACACCUAUCGGUGAUGGUGGCAAACAAGGGACAGGAGCAAGCCAGCCAGACCUAUACUACGAGCAGCCACCAGUAGAGGACACACCAACCGGUACAAAACAAGGGACGCCAGCAACCCAACAAGACCUGUACUACGAGCCGCCGGUAGAAACAUCGACCGAUACCAAACAAGGGACGCCAGCAACCCAGCAAGAACUGUACUACGAGCCGCCAUUAGAGGACACACCAGCCGUUACCAAACAAGGCACGUCAGCAACCCAACAAGACCUGUACUACGAGCCACCUCCUAUUGAACUAAACGACCAUACAUUGUCAGACGAAGAGACCGACAAUUACGAACUCCCGCCUGUCGUGAACGACCAGCAGACGGCCGAGACGGAACCGGAGUAUUACGAACCGCCCGUUGAACUACAAACUACUGUUACGGAUUCACUCGCCGGUGAACACGAAUAUGACGUCACGCCUAACGAUGACAAUGAGUAUGAAAUUCCCGGCAAUACUGACAUUUAUGUGGAACAAGAUUAACGGCUUUUUUGACGUCCUCCAUUUAGAAAGACAUUGUACAAAAUGAGAAACAAACUUUGGGAAUUCAUCACCACUAGUGAUUGUUAAUGCAGUUUGAUAUGACCAUAAUUUUGUUAAUGGCGGACUUAUGGGACGCUAGGUGGCAGCAGACUUACCAGCUAAAUCAAUUUUCCUUGGGUGUGUGCGUGCGCAUGCCCAGAACCACGUAAACAAUGGAAAUGGACAUACGUCUGCUGCCUCGUAUCGUUCGUCGUGUAUACACAUUACACUUUGAGAUGAAGUACGGGGCAAAUUUUCAUAGAGCUGCUUAAUAAUUAAGCAAUUGCUUAAAGCCAUUAUACACUU